AUGGGGCCGAUCGAGUGGGCUGGCGUAGGCCUCGGGCUGGUUGACGGGCGGCGAUGCGGUGUUGGUGCUACGCUGUUGGGAUGGUUGCGAGGCCAUCAAGAAUGUGAAGCCGAACUGGCUUCUACGAAACUGGUCUCACGUCGUCAACGCGUCGCGCGAGCGGCUGCACAUACCGCAUGCGUUGGCUACGUUGCGUUGCGUUGUCAGCGGAACCAAGCGCGAAAUGACGAUAAGCAGGCAACUGCUAUCUUUACAUACGUCUCACAACUUGCUUUCGAAACUCCCAUUAUCAGCUGCCAAGAUGAGUGA